GACAUUUUCGUCACACCUGUAACACCGAGUCUGGGACAGAGGAUUGUAAAGAUGGAUAGAACAAAAACAAUUACAUCUCAAACAACACAAAAAGAAAUUGAAAAAAAUAAGCAAUAACUCAAAUAAAUUAAAACUAUACAACUCAUGAUGUUGAAUAUACACAGCUCACCAACUCCCAGACUCCUGUAACUGUAGUGAUCUAGUUUGCUGUUGAUAUGCAGCAACAGAACGACUACUUCCUGUCACCUGUUUGAUUUCUUCAAAAUAAAAGCACCAGUUAAAUAACUUAUUUGUUAUAUAUUAUUUUCCACAAAACAAUAAAUGAUCGUAAGUAGAACGAGCACCCAUAAAAGCAAACCUCCAUAAAGAGCAUUCCAUUUUCCACAGUGUGAAUGGACUGUAUAUACAUUAUAACUUAAUCAAAAUUCAUCCUUAAUGUAUGAGUUUAACUGCCAACAAACAGAUACACAGCAGGUGUGAAUAAAAGGCACAGUAGGCAGGAUUGUGUUGGUGUUAUUGAUCAAAAACUCCAUGUUAAUUUUUCAGCAUAGCGUAAAUAAAGGGACGUGAGAGAGAACGACACUUGUGCUCCUCUGAUCUCUGCUUCUACAUUUUGAAACAACACUGUAACUUUUAAAUUUGUUACAUACAUUCAGUUUAGAGUUUUGAACUGAAUUUUAUAUACGUUUUUAUGGUCAAAUAUAGGAAAAGUGAGAUCAUUCAUUUCAGUGGUUGUUGAGAGUGAGGUUUCAGGGAAUUCAGGGAAAGCUAUUUGGAUGUGUGAAAAAUGGAAAAUAUUGUUUUAUAGAUUCAGGCUGCACUACAAACACUGUACACUGCACUGUAAUAUAAAGCUAAAUGUAAAAAUGCUGUACAUUUACAGGAACCUGCAUGUAUGCAUAAACCAAACUAAAAGUAGCAAUGCCUUUGUUUUGGCAGCUUAAUAUUCUGGAACAGACAAACUUAAUAAUAAAGUGUAAUCUUGCUGCUUUACAACAAAACAGAAGCUGGAGCACGUGUGUUUGGAUUUGAUAGGGUUGUUGGUUCUGUUUACUUUGGCAGGUGCUGAGAGUUUGAGACAUUCAUACACUGACCCAGUCUCCUCUGCAUGCACACACACACACACACACACAGUCAACACCUCCAUAAUUCAACGAGUUGGACAGGAAGAGACACAUUUCCAUCUCUGAUCAAAGCUCUGAGAAAGCAGAACUGUGCCACGGACACAGCAUGUUUCCACCUUUGUGUCAAAUCCUGAAGGAUAUCUGCCACAGACCAGGCUGCUGCUGCUCACUGUACCAGGAGCAGAUCCAGACCAUAGUCACGACCACGCUAGGAACUGUUCAGAUCAUGGUUGGUGUGUUCAACAUUGGUCUCGGUCCAGGACGUACGAGCACACAUCCUGGAGAUGUGACAAGCUUAGGAGCUGCUUACUGGCUGGCUGCUGUGUUCAUUGUGACUGGAAUCCUGUCCAUUUUGGCAGGACAGUUCCCGUCCUCAUGCUUGAUGGGCUUCAGCGUGUUCAUGAACAUCUCAGCAGCCGUCUUUGCCAUCACUGGCUUCGCGCUUUACGUCGUCGAUGUACGAGAUGCUUCUCUCCUCUGGAUGUGUGAUGAUAAAGGUGACGACAUCUGCAGGAAGCUGGCGCUCAUUGCUCAGAGCCUGUUAAGAUGUAUGGACAUCACACUGAUCGCCUUCACUGUCCUUCAGCUGUUCAUCAAUGUACAGUUUGCUAUUAUGGGAAUCAAAGAUUUGACCAGGGAGAAAGAGGAGGAGCAUGAACAAAAUAUUGACGAUCAGCAGCUGAAGUUGGAGGAACUUGUCAUGACGAGUCCUGGUGCUUCACAUUAUUUCAAAUAAACACAUGAUUAUACUGUUGCUCACAUCUGGCCACAUCUGGAUAUCAUGUUACCGCCCUUUAAACACAGAGCAAUGACAGAAUAUCAUAUAUAAAUAAAUAUAUUUACUAGAAAAAUAUUUUUUAAUAUAGCAACAAUAACACAUUUGUUGUCAACAUUAAAGAACGUAUCUAUAUAUAUAAGCUUGUUUGACGUUUUAAUGAGUUGUCAAUGUUAUUACCGUACUCUAUUUUAGAUUUAUUUAAUAAUUAAGAUUUCAGUCCAUAUCACAAUAAUCACUUUUACUUUGAAAAUCUGUGAAAUAUCAGGAUGUUUUGUGUCUUGUGUUGUGGAUGUAGUGUGAUGGAAAUUUCAGCAAGGUUGUCAGAAUAAAGUGUUCAAACA